AGUUUAUUCUUUGCUCUCUACAACAUUCAAAAAAGUACUUAGCCUAAGCUGUAAGUCUCUGAUAUAGUGGAUUGGUGGACUCAUUUCCACCCGCGGUUUUUACCCUUCUUCCUGAGGUUUUUCGCGUCACCAUCUUUUGGUGUCUUGUUUCUUUUCGCAUUGUUUGUUUUGUAGCUAGCCUCCUUGUUGUUAGCUAGAUUUCUGUUAGUUGUAGAUCCUCAGUUAAGUUUUGCCUAUGUAGAAUUUGACAUAAACAACUUCUAUCUACUAACUUACCAGUUGAAGUUAGACUUCUUCAUACAUGGUGCCAAUUUUAUGAUGAGUGUGAACGCGAUUAGAUUAUUCACAAACAAAACAAAACAACUAAUCAUAUUUUAGUUGAAUCAAUUGACAGACUGUUUUUGCAAAUAUAAAUAUUGAUUGGAAGAUCAACUGGCCAAAGAAUGAAUAAAAUGCCCUCUAUCGUGCGCCCACCACCCACGCAAACGACACAGCAAAACUAUUGAAGAAAAGAAUUGAAAAGUACAUAAAAUCAAGUAUAAGUAACUGUACUAGGAUUCAAGAGUCCAACACAACAAAGUGCUAAACACAAUAUUCACAUCGCAAGAAACAUCUUCCUUUAGAUACGAGGUUUGAAAAGAGGUUUUUGUAAGGCAUAUUUGAUAUUAACUAUGGCCUCUAGAUACGAAGUAGAGAUAACAUUGUCAUCCGCCAAAGAUCUCAAGAACAUCAAUUGGCGUUCAGGUCCUUUAAAGCCGUACGCUAUAGCAUAUAUCAACCCGGAUCGUAAAGUAACGACCCGGGUUGAUGACGAGGGGGACACAUGUCCGCAAUGGGACCAAUCACUGAUGGUCCCCCUCGACGGAUCCAUCAACAAUGCUACCAUCACCAUUGAGAUUGUCCACCGUGCGUCGGAGGAUGAGGAUAUCAAACCCCUUAUUGGCACAGCGAAGCUUUCGCUUUGCGACAUUGGGGAGAACGAAGGUGCUCGUGUCUCACGUAGUCUGAAGCUCAAGCGUCCCUCAGGCCGUCCUCACGGAAAGCUUGAAGUCGAAGUCACGAUACGUGCUCCUCAAUACCGUGACUUGAACUCAUACCCCCCACCACAAAAUGUAAAUUACCGCUCGUCGUCAUAUGACUCGGCACCCCCAGCUGGAUACCCAGCUUAUGGGCAAUCCCCGGCUUACGGACAACCUGCACCGUAUGGUAACCCGGGUUACGGGGAACCUACACCUAUGUAUGGUAAUCCGAGUUACGGACAAUCUGCACCUGCACACGAAUACGGAUACGGAUACGAUCAAGGGGCAGGGCAACCAGUGGAAGAAAAGAAGAGUAAAUUUGGAGGGAUGGGAUUAGGGACUGGAAUUGCUAUAGGAGCAGCUGCAGGAAUAGUGGGUGGAAUAGCAUUAUCUCAAGGGUAUGAACAUAUGCACGAUAGUCUUGUUGACGAUAUUGCUGAUCAAGUAAAAGAAGAUCUUGAUGUGGAUGAUGACAAGGAUGAAGAGGAUGAGGAUGAUGAAUAGAAAUGAUCACCAUUAUUAUUCAUUAUCUUGCCUUCAAUUGCUUGUUUUCUCAUAAUCAUUUAAUUUGUGCCAUGCAUUUGAUUUUUCAUGCAUUUUUGUUUGCUUUGGUUUGGUUUAUGUACUAUCUUUUCUUUGCUUUAUCGAUUGAGGUUUGCUUAAUCUCAGAUGUUUUAGUGCACUUAUUAAAAUGUGUAUUGUGAUGUUUGCAAUCUCGAAUAAUGUUGACAUUAAGCUAA